AUGCUAAACAACCCGAUUAUUAUUCAAGGUGCACCCAAUGAGACACGUCCGAUUAUACAAGGUCCUGUAGCUAGUGCGAGUGCUCAAAAUAUUAUAAAUAUUCAAGGUUCAAAUUUUAUGGUGAAAGGAAUAGCAUUUACCAAAGGUUCAAGAGGAAUUCGUCUUGGACCAAAUGUUAUAAAAAAUGCAGUUUUCGACGAUAUUUUCAUUUACAACAUUACUGGCACGGCAAUUUCAGCCAACGAUGCCGGUAAUGAAUAUUCCAAUAUAACGUUAAGAAACAGUGAAAUAACAAAUACAAACACAAUGGCUAAUACCACCGGUGAAUGUGUUUAUUUUGGAUGUAGCAAUGACGCAUGUCGAAUUCGUGAUUCUAUUAUCGAACAUAACUACUGCCAUGAUACACUUAAUUCAGCAGGAGGAUCACGGGCUGGAUUUCAAGUCAAAUCCGGCUCAUACAAUGUUAUUAUUCGUAAUAAUGUUUGUUACAAGGUAGUUGGACCUUGUAUUAUUGUUUAUGAUGAUUAUGAUCGUGGACGAAAUUUGAUUGAUGGAAACUUAGCAAUUUAUGCUGGAACAGCUGAUCUUGGAAUACAAUGUACAUCUGGAGCAACAAUCACUAAUAAUAUUGUGAUUAAUGCUAGUGCUUCAAUUUACAAUAAUGCUAUCAAUGGUGCUCUUGAUGCUACAGGUAUUCAAGUAAAUGGAACAUUCGGAGUGUCCAGCAAUGUCUUCGUUGAUGCUACAGCCAAUAAACUUUAUCCAGCAGUAAACUCUCCACUGAUCAAUAAAGGUGCCAAUCCACUGAAUCAAGUUCUUUAUGAUUACAACGGAAUGCAGCGAUCAAAUACAACACCAACUGUUGGUGCAUACGAAUAUUCCACUACAAACAAUCCUGGUUGUGCGAUAACGUACAGUUUUAAAUGUGGCUCAUCCACAGCUGCUGUACCACAAUAUCCUUUAUUUCCCUGA